AUGGCCGCGGGUAAGAAGGCUAAGGCCAAAGACAAGGGCAAGGCUGCCACCAAGAAGGUUAAGAAGGGGAAGAGCCCAGAAGUCACAGAGACUCAGACAACUACAACUACUCCAGCUCCUGGCAGCCCUGAACUUACGGCGCAGGAACCAGAGAAAUUAAAUGAGCCUGCUGUUGACACAGCUGAAGUAACAACGCCACUUCCUGUAUCAGCAUAUGAGGUAUUCGACGACGAGACACAAGACAGUACCAAGCCUGUCGCAGAUCAACCACCUGUGAUCGACAAUCCCGUAUCAGCAUACGAGGUAUUCGACGACGACAGUACACCUCAAGACAGUACCAAGCCUGUCGCAGAUCAAGCGGCACCUGUACUUGACAAUCCUAUAUCAGCAUACCAGGUAUUCGACGACGAUAGUACACCUCAAGACAGUACCAAGCCUGUCGCAGAUCAAGCGGCACCUGUACUUGACAAUCCUAUAUCAGCAUACCAGGUAUUCGACGACGAUAGUACACCCCAAGACAGCUCAAAGCCUGUCGCAGAUCAAGCAUCGCCUGUACUUGACAAUCCUGUGUCAGCAUACGAGGUACUUGAGGACAACACUGCACCUGAACCUGCACCUGAACCUGCACCUCAAGGCGUCCCCGACCCUGUCGCAGAUCAAGCAUCGCCUGUACUUGAUAAUCCUGUAUCACCAUACGAGGUAGUCGAAGACAACACUGCACCUGAACCGGCACCUCAAGGCGUCCCCGACCCUGUCGCGGAUCCAAAAUCGCCUGUACACGAAAACCCCGUAUCAGUAUACGAGGUGUUAGACGACGAACCUGCACCCAAAGACAUCUCUGACGCUAUCGUGGAUCAAUCGCCAGCUGUAGUCGACAAGUCUGUUGACGAGGCACCACACUUGGACGCACCACAGUUGGACACACCACACUUAGACGAGCCAAGCUCGAUUCAGCCUCCCAUCGAGGACACCGAAAUCAAAGAGCCACCCGUGGAAGAAGCAAGCUUGGUUCAGCCUCCCAUCGAGGUCCCAGAAGCAAAAGAGCCCUCGGAAGACCACACCACGCAAGACCAACCCAAUCAAGUCGAGCGCUCUGAAGACACUACUGUAGUCUCAUCACCACCGGUUGACCCAUUCUCCCCUGUGGCCGCCUGUGUGCCAUUGCCUUCGCCAUCCUUGACCGAGGCACGGUACAUGUCAAGUCCCUCCCAGGAUACCCAACAUUAUUAUCCUGGGCCAUAUUCACCUUACGCUUCACCCGUCCCCUACUCUGCGCAAUCACCUUACGCAUCACCAAACGUCUACGCGUCGCAAAACGGCUACGCCUCACAAACGGGCUACGCUUCGCCAAACGCCUACGCUUCGCCAGUGCCGUACGCUGCCUCCCCGGUGCCGUACACCUCGCCCAACGCGUAUUCUUCUCCGGUACCCUACGCCUCACCUGCACUGUACGCCCCAGUGCCGUACGCUGGUUCCCCGGUGCCUUACACCUCAUCCACGCCUUACGCUGGCUCUCCAGUGCCCUACAGCUUACCCGGACCCUACGCUGGUUCUCCAGUGCCUUACGCCCCAUCGGUAGCUUACACUUCGUCACCGGUACCCAAAGUCAGCAGCCCACUUGCACGUUCCCACUACCCUCAAAUGUCUCCAACUAUAUCACCCACUGCGACUCCCCCACCUCAGAAUCCACCAGCUGCACCGAUGGCUCCUCCAGAUGCGCCGCCUUCCAUGGCCCCAAGUGGACCACACUCUCUUCAAUCUCCUGUCAUGAGCUCCGCUGGAAUGAUACCUCCUUAUGGAUAUUAUUCUCCUCAUCACCAAUCGGAGGCCCAUUAUUUGAACCGGGGUUACAGCAUCCCAGACCCAUCAUAUCAGGCAUCAUAUCAGGCCCUUCAAAACCUGUCCAUGGUCAACGGCCAUCCCCAUGAGAAUGGGUCUCCCCCAGAAAACGACAGUGAGCACAUUGAGCUUCUUCAACGUAUCCAGUCGGCUAUUCCAGACAUCAACCGUCUUCUUCAUGGCUUCCGCAACACCCACAGCAAGCUCUCGAACCGGGAGGCUGAGAUGAAGCACAUUGGAAGCCAGCACGAACAAGCUCUAAUUCACAAGGAGUAUUACAUUGAAGCUCUACAGUCCCAAAUGAAGAAGACUGCCAAUGAAAGUGCCGAAGAAGGCGCCAGAUUGAAGCAUACCAUCAGUGAGCUUCGUCUCGAACUCGGAGAUCUGCAAGAGAGGCAGAAGGACCUUGAAGAUGGCUUGGCUGUCCACCAGAAGUCAAACGAGGAGCUUACUGAAACUAAGGUCGUACUCGAGGGACAAAUCGACAAGCUCAAUCAAACCAUCAAGGAGUCAACGGAGGUCCACGAGAAAGAGCUAGAGACUAAGAAGGAGGAACAGGAGAAGGCUCUCGUGGCACAGAAGGAGGAGCUUACCGAGCUGUUCGAGGAGAUCAAGGCCGAGGACGAGAAAACAGCAGCCGAGAAUCUGGAGACUCGUGAGCGCGAACUUCAGGCUGCACACGACGCUAGUCGAGGCGAAUGGGAGAAAGAGAAGGCCCAAUUGCAGGAAUCCUUCGAGGCCCAGCGCACCGAACUAGAGGCCGUCAAGGCAGAAGUGACAUCCCAGAUCGCUGCUUUGGAAUCAAAGGAGACCGAGCUGCAAGCCCGACUCACCGAACUCACAUCGACACGGGAGGAACUAGCAGCCAAACUGGCAGAGCUGGAAGAAACCCACCAGAAGAACGCCCGAGAAACGGAAGAACUCCGACAAGGCCAUGCUGGGGAAUUAGACUCCCUACGACAAUCUCACGACGAACAGCUCGCUGCUGCUGCCAAAGAAUUAAACGAUAAGAUCGCCGCUCUGGAAGCUCACUUCAAUGAGAAAGAGCAGCUUUGGACCACGGAGCGCGCUGCCCUAGAGCAACAACUCUCCGAGAAAGACAGCGAACUCUCCAGUGCGGAGCGAGAGAAGGAAAGAUUGGAAGGAGACGGAAUUGUCAAAGAGCAGCACCUUCAGCGUGCCGUGGAUGGGAUGCGAAUGACAAUCGAUAACCUGGGUGGUGAUUGCGACAGGCUGAGGAAGACACUGUCCAGCCUGGGUGAGGCCACUGACCUCAGAAACACCAAGGGCGAUAAAUUCUUCUUGGACUGCUUCACAGAGCUCUCGCAACUCAUCCACAAUCUAUCCAAAGAGCACUUCGGAUAUCUUCCCAUCGAUCCCCCAAAAGACAUCCUUUCCAAGAUUCCAUCCGAACUUCCACCUUUCCUUGACAACACCCCAGCCUCCCGCGAACUCCGAUGUGCCUACAUCCAGCACAUCAUCUCAAAAACCCUCACAUUCCGAGUCUUCCAGCCCUUCCUCUUCACCCUAGGCCGGCGCUACGACAAAGCCGACACCUUCUUCCAGAUGCUGUCCAUGGAUAUCCGACGCAAGUCCGUCCGCCGCGAGGCAUUCUGGCGCCAACAGACCUUGAAAGCAGCCUACACGACCUCAGACGCAAAGCAAUCAAUCAACGUGGCAGCAGCAGUCAUUGUCGACGAAAUCAUCGACCACAUCAAGCACUUCGCCGAUCCCAAGCACCUCGACUCCCUCCUAAUCGGCGUCCGAAAGAUCGUCAAGCUCGCCGCCGAGACAUGGAGACACGCGCGGGUUGAGCGCGAGCUCGUCCUUGCCAAUUUCCCCGCCCCAGACGCAGAGAGUGUCUCGAACGAGGGCUGGCUGGAGUACGCUGCCAACAAAGAUCAAAAGCCCACCCCGACAAACGAGCCCACUCGCCAUGUCGUGCUGCGCACCUUCCCGCGUAUUACGCGUGAGGCGGCUCAUGAGGACUUUGCUAGCGAUGAAGAGAAAGCUACCGGAUGCACAUACUCGCAGGGUAUUGUGCUGUACUCCGAUUCGCCGGUCAUCAUGGGUCGUCUUCAGGAGUUUGCAAAGAAGUCUUCUGAUGCUCUGGUUACUGAGUCGCCUCCUAAGACACCUUUGGCUGUUAAGGCCAUCGACAGGUUGGCGCAGAUUGAGGCUUCCUCUCCGAAGGUCAUGACUGUUCGGUCGGCUCCUACGAGUCCGAAGGGUCAGUUUAGGAGCCUGUGA